ACAGAUUCUCACCCUAAAAUAUUCCCAAUUAAAAUCCAAAACCCUAACCGAAAAAAAAAAGAAGUAACAAUAAAAAUAAAAUAUCCUCAACAAAUCAAUGGAAGCAGAACAAGAAUCUGCACUAAACAUGACAGACGAGAUCUACACAAACGGCGACGACGACGACGAUUCAUCGCAGCAGCAACAACAGCAGCGACGGAUAAUAAGCGGCAGCGAACAGCUGGAUAUCGAAGCGUACGCGGCGUUAUACAGCGGCCGUACGAAGAUAUCGAGGCUAAUGUUCAUAGCGGAAAAGUGUAAGAACACGAAUGUGGCGAUGGAAUUAGAAGCACUGAGGAUGGCGUAUGAUGAGAUUAAGAAAGGCGAAAACACGCAGUUGUUUAGAGAAGUUGUUAAGAAGAUAGAUGGAAGGUUAGGUGAAAAAUAUGGUAAUGAUUUUAAGUGGAUGGAUUCUGUUGAUAGAAAAGCUGAUCACAGGAAAGAGAAGCUUGAGAAUGAACUUAAUGCUUACAGAACAAAUCUGAUUAAAGAAAGUAUAAGGAUGGGAUACAAUGACUUUGGAGACUUCUACUAUGCUCAUGGUGCACUUGGAGAUGCAUUUAAGAAUUACGUACGCACCCGUGAUUAUUGCACCACUGUAAAGCACAUCAUACAUAUGUGUUUGAAUGCCAUUUUGGUCAGUAUUGAGAUGGGCCAGUUUGCUCAUGUAGUAAGCUAUGUCAGUAAAGCAGAGCAAAACAAAAUCGAAAAGACUGACAAAAACGACAAAAAUGAGGUUGAUUCCAUCACCAUUGCAAAGUUAAAUUGUGCUUCUGGACUGGCUCAGUUGGAGGCUAAGAAAUACAAGAUUGCUGCCCGGAAGUUCCUGGAAACGUCUCCAGAGUUGGGAAACAACUACUCAGAAGUUAUUGCACCUCAAGAUGUUGCGACUUAUGGUGGACUUUGUGCUCUUGCAAGUUUUGACCGUGCAGAGCUAAAGGCAAAAGUCAUAGACAAUAUUAACUUUCGUAACUUCUUGGAGUUGGUGCCGGAAGUGAGGGAACUUAUACAUGAUUUCUAUUCAAGCCGCUAUGCUUCGUGUUUACAAUACCUCGUGAAUCUUAAGGCGAACCUGAUGCUUGAUAUUCAUUUGCAUGACCAUGUGGACGCACUGUACGUUAGAAUCCGUAACAAAGCCCUCAUCCAGUACACUCAUCCAUUCGUAUCUGUUGAUCUGAACAUGAUGGCUGACGCUUUUAAAACUUCUGUAUCCGGGCUACAAAAAGAACUCGAGGGUUUAAUCACAGACAACCAAAUACAGGCAAGAAUUGAUUCCCACAACAAGGUUCUGUAUGCGCGUCAUGCGGAUCAAAGAAAAGCUACUUUUCAGCGAGUUUUGCAAACUGGGGUUGAAUUUGAUCGAGAUGUUAGGGCUAUGUUGGUGAGGGCAAAUCUUCUCAAGCAUGAUUAUAACCUUAAGCAAUUAAGGAAGAUUUAAAAGCUAAGAUUACAGUCAAUCAUCAUGUUCUUUUGGAGAAAUAUUUUAAGAAAAAGGGAAGUUCAUGUUUGGUUUUUAGGGUUCUUUUGUUUGGUCAUGUUAAUGCUGUAAAGAAACCAGAGAGAGGUAUUUUGGGGGUUCUUGGAUAAGACUUUAUGUGUUUCAUGAUCACUUGGGCCAAAAGUGCUGUUAAUAUAUCUAGAUUGAAUUUGCAGCCUUUUUCAUUAA